CAUGCAAAAAAAAGAUUUAAAAUCUCCGCGCAGAGCUAGUAAAUAGUUGACUAAUGUCUUACAAACAGCUUAAUAAUAAAAAAUAAAGUCAUUAAAUUAUAAGUCAGAAGCCCAGAUAUGUCCCGCUUGGAUACUCCUGUAUAGAAUUCGGAUAUACGCGCCAAAAUGACGUCACCGCGAAUGCUGAAUCUUAAGAGAUAUAAACCUACAUGGUUUUCACUUUGACGAUUCUUUUAAAAUUGUAUUACGCGAUUGUUUUUUGUGAACCAGUUACCUGUUUAGUUUGCAUAGGUGUGAAUGGUGAUAUAUCUAGAUUAGGAACAUGACCGAAAGCGCGAUUAGGAAGGAAGUUGCUGACUUAGAUGGUAAACUAUGCAAUGUUGCUUCGCUCGCUGCUACCCUAAAAUUAGCAGCCAAUGAGGUCAAAAAACACUUUCCUGUUAAUAAUACGGAUCAAGUUGUGACAGGCGAGCGUAGAAAUGGUUUUGCGGUUGUACUUAUUAGUGGUGGCAGCAUGAGUAAGACAGCUUUUGUGGACACGGUCUGGUCCUCGCAUGCUUAUCAAAGCCGUAUAGUUUGUGAUGUCAAAAAAAAAAAUUCUACCUACAUUGAACUACUUGCGACAAGGCCGUCACCGGUUAUCCAAUCAGUAGACCUUAUUAGAGACCGGCUAGUGAGGACUAAGGGGGAUGAUCAAAUCCUAAAGGAUAAAGCGCCCGCACAGUUUUUUACCGAGAAGAAACAAGAGGUCAAGCAGGGAAAGAAGUGCCCAAUUUCGCAAAUGUUCAUCAAGAUUCCAACCGAUAAUGGCGCAAAGGACGAGCCCAAAGAGGGGCUUGGCCAGGUGAAGAACGGACAAGAAGGAAGUACAGAAAAAGAGAGUGUUAACGGGAUUAAAAAAGAGAAAAAAACAUCCGUCGAAACUGCGGAGUCCUGUUCAAAAAUUAAAUCUAAUGAUGAGCAGCGAAAACUGUCAACCAAGUCCAAUCAAAGCCAGCCACAGUCAGGACAUAAUAAUUUUAUCGACGUGAAUAUGACGGAAGAUGACAAUAGCGAAGAUAUAACCACAAAAAUAAAUAAAAAAUUAUCGCCGAAGGAUAUGCGAGCCUCAGAGAAACGUAAAAAUAGUUCUCCCAACGUUAGUGACCAAAACGAUGACAUCGAUUAUGAGGUUACGGUAUCCAGGGGUAAGAAAAAGAAAAGGCGUGUGGCCAUCGAAAGUGACAGCGGGGAAGAAAGUGAGCCAUCCCUCGAACCUCAGGCAAAGGCUAAAGAGACGAAACAGACUUUAUAUAAAAAUACAAACGAGCAAAAAUCGAAAAUAACACUAAAAAAAAGUAGGGAAUUAUUAACUGGGAUUGCUGACGUUGACGAAAGAAACCAUAAAGAUGUUUUGGGUAAGUUUAAGGAAAAUCUACUUGAAAGUAAACAACGACACGAUAAAAAACGCCGUCGGGUACUCAAGGAAUUUACUCACACUUUCGAGGAUGAAGAGGGCUACUUGCAGGUAAAGACUACCAAAGAGAUUGUAAGCGAAACCGACAGUGAGCCAGAGGAGAAAAGCACUGAUAAGCUCAAGUCAGCCAUCAAGCCAGUUUUGAUCCCUAAGGGCCAAUCAUCAAUAUUUGCAUUUUUUAAAAAGCAGUAAAAUUAUUAGGCGCGCUGCCAGAAAUAUACAGAUACACAUAUUCUCGCAAUAAGACGUGAUACAAUGUUGCGUUGAAUAGUGUGUUAUCAAAAAAUUGCUGAUUGUUUACUUAGGUUAUAAAGUGUAUCUGUCAAUACGGCACGAUCAUUUGCUGUGGAAUGGGACAUGUUUUUAUUUAUUUUGCUUUUCAAAUUAAUAUAUGCAUUAAAUAUCUCCAAGAACGAGAAAUCAUUAACAAGGGUAUUUUUCACCGA